UCCUCUAGCACACGUUAAAACUAUACAGUGAGAGUCCGUCACUACCGUCGAGACGUACAUUGAAAGCGCCAGUUGCUCGUAGGCACUCGCCAACGUCACGUUGUUAACCAACUAAUUCUAUUUUUUUCAUCACAAAAAUUAAAAGAAUAUUUACGUUCGUCAACGGAUUUAUAAACUCAAGUUGAUAACGAGUGGAGAGUAAUUUUUCAUUUUUUUUUUUUUAAAAUGCAUUCAAAUUUUAUUCGUGGUAUGUGGGCUGUACUUGUUGUACUAGUUGUUCAAGUGUUUGCUAAUGAGCUCAAGGUUGAGACUAAAUAUGUACCGGAAAUAUGCGAUGUUAAAACUAAAAAAGGUGAUCAGGUCACUAUGCACUACACUGGAACACUCGUCGAUGGGAAAAAAUUCGACUCAAGUUUGGACAGGGAGCAGCCCUUCACGUUUCAACUUGGAGUUGGACAAGUGAUCAAGGGAUGGGAUCAGGGACUUGUUGACAUGUGCGUUGGAGAGAAGAGAAAAUUGGUGAUUCCACCUGAACUCGGUUAUGGCGCCCAAGGAGCUGGCAAUGUCAUCCCAGGAGGUGCUACUUUACUCUUCGAUGUGGAGCUCAUCAAUAUCAGUGAUUCACCACCAACUGCUAAUGUAUUUAAAGAGAUUGACUCGGACGAGGACAAUCAGCUCUCUCGCGAGGAGGUGAGGAUAAUGGUCAGUGACUACCUGCGAAAACAGAUGGUGGAGGCAGAGCAAGCAGGUGACAGCGAGGACAUAAAGACAAUGGUUGCAGACCACGACAAAUUAGUUGAAGAGAUUUUCCAACACGAGGACAAGGAUAAGAAUGGCUUCAUCUCUCACGAUGAGUUCAGUGGUCCAAAGCACGAUGAACUGUGAGGGGGUAGUUCACUGGAGGAUACUUAUCGAGGUUGUCAUCGGGGUUGUGGGCCAUUCUCCAACGGGCUGCUUGGAAAACGUCAUCACUGCUGGUUCUAUCCUAAAAGGAAGGAGGUGGGUGAAAUACAAGUUACUUGGUAACGAGGUGUGCCAGAAGUGAGAGAGCUGCCAGAAACAGGUAUACAGCGCAAAAUAAUACAAAGGGUGAAUGACGGUGGAAAUACAAGGGGAUUGAGGGAGGGAAAGGGGGAGGAGGUGGCUAUACCCACAGCCAAGAAAAUCUUGGGUGAGCUCCCAACUUCUGAGAUUGACCCUUCUGGCCAAAAUUUUGUGAAACAACUUAAAUUCAUCAACUAGACGUCACAACUAAUGGGUGGACAUGAUCCUGAAAGUGAUUUUAAAGGAUUUAAAAGGUGCUGAAGAUGUACUUAUUUCUUUGUUAUUUUUUAUUUUAAA